CCAAAUGAAAGGCCUGAUUGAUGCUCGUUUCACCUGACCCGCAUCGCGCCAUCUGUGGACUGUAGACUCUGAUAUAACUCGCUUCUAACGAAAUGAAGAACGCUUUUGCACGCGCCCAAAAACAAUCCCACUUUGAUCCUAGUGUCCAUUUUGGAAGUUCACACAAGAAAACAGGAAACAUAACAGGCCAGAUUGAACGCACAAUCUCCUAAUGACUUGUAUACACCAAACUGGAACGUAACCCAAACUAAUCCAGCUCCUUGGUGGGUUGACCCUGAUUGGAUAAACAUGUUCAGUCUCGGAAAAGGAAUGAAAAUGAAAGAACUCUUGCUAUUUCUAUUUUUUUUUUAUAUAACUCUCUCUCUCUCUCUCUCUCUCUCUCUCUCUAUACAUAUAUAUAUAUAUAUAUAUACAUAUAUUCGCUAAUAUAUAUAUUUUUAAAUUCCUUGUCAAUAUACUGUAGGAAACGAUAUAAAGAUUCCACUUUUGACAUAUUUUUGAGUGAAAAUGCCUAGCAGCGUACUCCGGUGUGUCCGAAUGAAGUUCUCCCAUGCCUAUGCCAAAUGUGUGAAGGUUUGGCUCUUGCUUAAUUGAAAAGUACGAUGAAGUAAGGAGAUGAAACGGCAUCUCCAGUGUAUGAAUCCAGGAAGUUACUGCAGCGUACGUCAAUAAUAAUAGUAGAUGUAGUAAAAGUUAAGCGCAACACGCUUAAUGUAAACAUUUUGUUCAACAUAAUCAAUAGAAACAUGAUGUUUUGGACAAAAUGGUUGAUAAUGGAAAAACACCAGAACAUUGAGUUAAUUCGAUGGUGUUCCAAAGUUGUUCUCCUGACAUUUCUUCUCUUCAUCGUUCACCUGACAACAACGAGCAAUGCAAACGGAAAUGUCAAAGUUCUAUCCAUCGCUGAUAAAGUGCAAGAAAAAGAGACGAUCCUUCAUUCUGAUUAGGUCGAAGGUGCUCGACAGUCUAUUUCAGACUGUAUCUACGUUUUCUUCUCAGUAUUUCAGAAUUUUAGAAGUCUUCAUAAUAAAUAUAUAUAUAUAUAUAUAUAUAUAUAUAUAUGUAUUUAAAGAUACAGUUAAAAACAUAUGUAUAUUUUUUUGUUUAUUUUAGUACAUAUACAGAGUCUAAUCACAUUUUAGUGUUUAUUCUCAAUGCAUGUAUCAAACAAUAAAGAUAAAAAGAAGGAAGACUCGGUUUUGUGGUCCUGUGUCGUCUUCUAGGCAUUCCAUGUAGACAUACGGUAUCACGCGCUGUUGAAUUCUGGAAUCUGAUUGGUCAGAAGGUAAUCUGGGACGCAUGUGGUAUGUUCACAGUUACAUGUUCAAAACGUUAUUCGUUUGUAGCACGCCUAGUAACAGCAUCUGUAAGCAUCAUCAACAUAUUCUUGUAGUAUUGUAUGAACUGGGUGAAAUUGUCUACAUAUUAAGAUCAUCGCCAACAGGGACAAGUAACAUGCUAAAAUUCAUUUUUGACUGCAAUAACAACUGAAUCUUAUAUAUAAAAUUUAUAAAUGCAUAAAAGUGUUUAUUUAAACCAAUAAGUUUAUUGCAUUUUAAGGAACCUGAACCACAUUGUCCCCAAGUGACCAAACUAUUUUUAAUUUAAUAAAAAAAGAUUCAAAUAGAAGUAGCUUUACUUGAUUUGAACUAUCUUUCUUCUUGAGUUCUUUUUAUUUAUUUAUUUAUUUAUUUAUUACAGUAAUAGGCAUCAUAAAUAUACAUGUGGGUGUAGCUAGGUUAGCUAUUAACCCCACUGUCAUUAUGUUGUAAAAUGCAAUACCGCACAUUUUGUGAGCUUUCUUUUCGACCAGCCUCUACUUACGAGUCACCUGUAUUUGUGGAGUCGUGCCAUCAGAAACAAAUCCGUCAUGGAUCAAGCAGCUUCUCAGGGUCUGCCGAUGAAACCAGUCGGGUGUCCAUCUGGGCUGGAGUAUUUAACACAGAUCGACCAGCUUCUCAUUCAUCAGAAAGUGGAGAUGCUUGAGGUUCUUUUAGGAUGGGAAUCCAACAACAAGUAUCUGGUGAGGAACGCACUCGGGCAGCAGGUCUUCUACGUGGCCGAGGAAAACGACUGCUGUAACCGAAACUUCUGCGGACCGCUCCGCUCCUUCGUCCUCCAUGUCCUGGACAACAUGGGCCAGGAGGUGAUCACACUGACCCGACCUCUGCGCUGCGACAGCUGCUUUUGGCCCUGCUGUCUGCAAGAGCUCGAGGUGCAGUCUCCACCAGGCACUCCUAUCGGGUAUGUGGUUCAGACGUGGCACCCUUGCCUGCCCAAGUACACCAUUCAAAACGAGAUGAAGCAGGACGUUCUGAAGGUGGUGGGACCUUGCUGCUCCUGGAAGUGUUGUUUCGAUGUGAAUUUUGAGGUUUUGUCGUUGGAUGAAGCGGAGUCUGUGGGUCGGAUCAGCAAGCACUGGACAGGCAUCGUGAAAGAGGCUUUCAGCGAUGCUGACAAUUUUGGGAUCCAGUUCCCACUGGAUCUGGAUGUGAAGAUGAAGGCUGUACUUCUCGGAGCCAGUUUUCUCAUCGACUUCAUGUUCUAUGAGCAGAAUAAUUAAAAUAAAAUAAAAAAAAGCAGGAGCAGGAGUUCCUUCUUGUUUUCGUCAACGUGAGACGUCAAUGCUUCUGCUCUUUAGGACACUAAAUAUGUAUCUAGCAGGAUGUACUUUUCUCUUCUACAUCUCUCUCUACUGUAUGUAUCAGGAAUGGAUGUGUACAGUACCCUGUGUAUUUGUUUCCUGUGUUUAAAAAAAAAAUUAUAUCCUGUAGAUGGCACUACAGUGCAAUGCUUUGGUGCAACAGUCACUGUGUCCUUGUUUCUACACUGUAUAUAGAA